UAUCUAAAUCCCAGAGUAGCUACAAGUUUCCAAAGAGUUGAUAUUCAGUUCAUAACUGGUAUCACAAAUGACUAUAGAAAAAGUUAUUUCCACAACUGUUUUAGAGUAGAGGACUGUGCACAGCGCCAGCGAGCUGGGUGGCUGGUUUACUUUAAUCAUCUACACGAAAAAAAAACAAACUUUGAGAAAGUGGGGCGUUCCGCUCCAGCAGCCAAUGGCGAAUUCAUCAUACAGCCGAGAGGUGGCGAGCAGCGGGCUGGCUGCCGGUUUGCGCUGCCUUUUGUUAUCUUUCUUAUCUGGUGAGGAGCCAGCAGCUUCGGUGCUAAAGUUCAAUGCAGGGUUCACCUUGGUGAUUCUGCACACUUUUGUGGUUUUGCACUGUAAUGUCUGGUCAAAGUUAGCAGCUAGACGUUUCACUGCAGUUUGCGGGGACAUGGCGCGAUACGCUCGCAUUCCGGGAUCCAUUGCGCUAAUAACGCUGGCGAACCCACCCGUGAACGCGCUGAGUGCGGCCGUGCGGAAAGGCAUCACUGAGACGCUCAGCAGGGCCAUCGCUGACCCGCAAGUGAAAGCCGUGGUGCUGUGUGGGGAAAAUGGCAACUUCUGUGGCGGGGCUGACAUCAAGGAGUUUGCAGGGCCGAUGAGCGGGCCGGGCCUGGUACCCAUGAUAGAUGCCAUUGAAGCGGGAGAGAAGCCGGUGGUGGCCGCCAUAGAGGGCGUGGCACUCGGCGGGGGUCUGGAGCUGGCGCUGGGGUGUCACUACCGCAUCGCCCACUGCAAGGCGCGGGUGGGGCUGCCGGAGGUGACCCUAGGUCUGCUUCCCGCUGCUGGGGGGACACAGCGCCUGCCGCGGCUGAUUGGCCUGUCUGCUGCCCUCGACCUCAUCACCACAGGACGCCAUGUGUCGGCUCAGGAGGCCCUGCAGCUGGGGAUUGUGGACCGAGUGACGGAGGAGGAUACGCUGGAGGUGGCGGUGGAGUUCGCCCAGAGCGUUGCGGGGCAGCCCCUGGGCACUCGCAGGCUGAGCACAUGCACGCCUGCCUGUCCUGCAGACCUGGACUCCUUCCUGCAGGGGGCGCUGGCGCGGGUGCGGAGGCGUGCCCGCGGGGCGAUGGCGCCCGAGGCCUGCAUCCAUGCGGUGGGCGCGGCCGCCACACUGCCGUACAGCCAGGGCAUGCAGCGCGAGCAGGAACUGAUGGUCUCGCUCUUCCGCUCCGCCCAGGCCCGCGCCCUGCAGUACUGCUUCUUCUCCCAGAGGCUGGCGGGAAAGUGGAGCAUGCCCAGCGGAGCACGCUGGGACAGCAUCAAACCCAGGCUCAUCCACAGGGCAGCCGUCAUAGGUCUGGGCACCAUGGGGAGAGGCAUCGCCGUGUCACUGGUGCAGGCGGGGAUCACAGUGGUCGCCGUGGAGACGGAUGAGCGGCAGCUGGAGGCUGGCAGGCGUGCGGUGACGGCUCUGCUGGAGAGACGGUCGCAGGGGCGGGGCUCGGAGGCGCCGCUCGGGUUGCUGCGCUUCAGCGCAGACCUGCAGGACCUGCGGCGGGUGGAGCUGGUUAUCGAGGCCGUGUUCGAGGACCUGGCUCUGAAGCAGCAGGUGUUCAGGCAGCUGUCAGCGGUGUGUCCGGCCGACGCCCUGCUGUGCACCAACACCUCCGGCCUGGAUGUGGAACAGCUGGCUGCCUGCACCCGCAGGCCCGAGCUGGUCGUCGGCACACACUUCUUCGCCCCGGCGCACGUCAUGAAGCUGCUCGAGGUUGUCUAUGGCCCGCGCUCCUCCCCGGUUGCUGUGGCAACAGCCAUGCACCUGGGAAAGAGGCUGGAAAAGGUGAGCGUCGCCGUGGGCAACUGCCCUGGCUUUGUGGGGAACCGCAUGCUGAAGCCGUACCUGGAGCAGGCCCACUUCCUGCUGGAGGAGGGAGCCACGCCUGAGCAGGUGGACCAGGCGCUGGAGGAGUUCGGCUUCGCCAUGGGUGUCUUCCGCGUGGCUGACCUGUCCGGGCUGGACGUGGGGUGGAGGGUACGCAAGGAGGCGGGGCUGACGGGGCCAGGCGUGUCCCCGGUUGAGUUGCCACGGAGACGACAGGGACGCAGGUACAGCCCUCUUCCUGACCUGCUGUGUGAGCAGGGUCGUCUGGGCCAGAAGACGGGGCGCGGCUGGUACCUGUAUGAGAGCCCCGGCGCCCGGGAGGCCCAGCCGGAUCCCUGGACCCACAGCUUCCUGCAGCAGUACAGACAGCAGCACGGCCUGCAGCCACGGCCCAUCCACCAGCAGGAGGUGCUGGAACGCUGUCUGUACGCCCUCAUCAACGAGGGCUUCCGCGUGCUGGAGGACGGCAUCGCCGCUGGCCCCGAGGACAUCGAUGUCAUCUACGUGUUUGGUUACGGCUGGCCGCGCCACAGAGGCGGGCCCAUGUUCCAUGCCGCAGCUGUGGGAUUGGCCACGGUCCUGGACCGGCUGGAGCACUACCACCACGCCCAUCCUGACAUCCCAAACCUCCAGCCCAGCGCUCUGCUGCGCAGGCUUAUUGCCAGCGGCAGCCCUCCCAUUCAGAAGUGGAGGGAGGUCAUGAGGAGUGUUCGCAGCCAGCUCUGAGCCCCCACCCAGCUGUGGGGCACAGGGGAAGGGAUCAGGGCUCAUAACCCAGAGGCUGCGGGUUCACUUCCCCUUGGGCAAGGUGCUUUACCUGAAUUUCCUUGGUAUAUAUCCAGCUAUAUAAAUGGGUAAAAAUGUAAGCUGUGUAAAUGGCUUUGGAUCUGCUAAGCAAAAUGCAAUGCUGUUGCUAACAUGAUAACUCUCAA